AUGUCUUUAAGCUGCCAGACAAUUUCUACUCGACUUGGUGUUCUUAAACUGAACGGCAAAGGACUGCUAUGCCUUUUGGUCUUUACAAUAAGUGUAUGUGGCAGUGCCUCUGGCUUGUGUCCUACAGCCUGCAUCUGUGCUAGUGACAUUGUAAGCUGCACCAAUAAGAACCUCUCUAGGGUGCCAGGAACUCUCUUCAAAUUCAUAAAAAGACUGGAUCUGAGUUAUAACAGAAUUGCAUUUUUGGAACCUGAAUGGGUCCCAGUGCUUUUUGACAAAUUGAAUACUUUAAUAAUCAAUCAUAAUAGUAUUAGCAGUAUUAUCACUGGAAGCUUUUCCACAACUCCAAAUUUAAAGUACCUAGACUUGUCAUCCAACAACCUGAAGACACUGGGAAGCCCUUUAUUUCAAGAGCUGAGAGUACUGGAAGUUCUCUUGCUUUACAACAAUCAGAUAACACAGAUUGAUUCUGCUGCCUUUGGAGGAUUAUACAAAUUGCAGAAGCUGUACUUAUGUUGUAACUCACUGUCACACUUCCCACUGGACUUGUAUAUUGGAAAACACAAACUUACAGAACUUGUAUUAUUAGACAUUUCCUAUAACCACAUCCAGUCAGUACCCAUUCAACGCAUAAGUUUAGUGCCGGCUAAACAACUCAGUGGAAUUUAUCUUCAUGGUAACCCUUUUUACUGUGACUGUACUCUAUACUCCAUGCUAAUUUAUUGGUAUCACAGACACUUCAACUCAGUUGUGGAUUUCAAAAAUGAGUAUGCCUGUGUAUUACGAUCUGAUCCCAAAGGUUCCAAUAAACUGCCUUUAUUGCACGACAACUUUCUGAAUUGCUCCGAAAGCACCAUCAAUGUGUCAUUCCAUGCCUUUGGGUUUAUUCAUGAGGCCCAAAUUGGAGAAAGGCUGAUUGUACACUGUGACAGCAAAAUUAGUGAUGCAGGAACAUAUUUCAUCUGGGUUAGCCCAGACAAUAGAUUACUGGAGCCAGAUAAGGACACUGACAAUUUUAAGGUGUUUCACAAUGGGAGUCUAGAGAUAAUGGAUCCCCAGCUAGAGGAUUCUGGGCUGUAUUCAUGCAUUGCAAUAAAUAAAAGAAGACUGUUAAAUGAAACCAUAGAGGUUAGAAUUAAUGUAAGCAAUUUCACAGUGAACAGAUCCCAUGCUCAUGAAGCAUUUAACACUGCUUUCACCACCCUUGCUGCCUGUGUAGCCAGUAUUAUUUUGGUACUGCUUUAUCUCUAUCUGACUCCAUGUCCUUGUCAGUGUAAGACAAGAAGAAGAAAAAGGAAGCUGCCCCAAAGCAGUGCCCAUUCAUCCAUCCUAAACUCCACUCCAUCUCAGGAUCCUCCAGCCAAUGAGAAGAAAUCCAGCAGUGGUAAGAGAGUGGUGUUCCUUGAGCCUGUGAACGAGCCAAAACAGGGGCAGAAUGGGAAAGUGAGACUGUUUCCCAAAGAAACUGUCAUAGCAGAGAGCAUCUUGAAAACUACCCGAGCAAAAUCUGACUCUGAUUCCGUCAACUCGGUGUUCUCAGAUACACCUUUCAUGCCAUCAUCUUAG